AUUGCAGACGCCAAGGAGUUGAAAAAUACCCGCUAAUGUUGUUCGCAUAGGGUGUCUUGUGUUAAGACGCGCCAUUGGUAGGUCGAAGGUGCAGUGGUUUUCUGGAGGGAGUUUGAGAUCGCAAUUGUGUUGGCCUUUAUUUCGGACAUUUUGUAAAGACAAAUGGGCCAGGAAAAAGAAAAGGAGAAAGCCGUUCGGACAUUUACUGUUGGAGAUAGGGUCUUUGCUAAAGUUAAAGGUUACCCUCCAUGGCCAGCCUAUGUUGUUAAUGAAGAAAAGGUUGCCAAGAACAAAGUGAAAUACCAUGUAAUAUUUUACUACACAAAUGAAAAUGCUCUUUGUAAGCCAGAGGAUAUGUACCCAUAUGAUCUUUACAAAGAUAAAUAUGGCAAACCUACUAAGAAGCCGUAUUUUAACCGUGCCCUGGAGUUAAUUGAGAGUGACAUACCACACUUGGCAAAAUAUUCCUUAGCUGAAAAGAUGUCUGCUGUUCAGGCAGAUGUUGAAGAAAUACAGAAGCAUACAAGGAAGCGUGCUCUUGAGGAAGAAGCUAACUCUGAUUCCAGCAAAGAUAAUAAGAGACGUAGGGGUGUUUCUGAAAGUUCUGAGCACUCUGUACGUACCAAUUCCCAGAAGCAAAAGGCCCCUAAGAAGCCUGACAACAUGGACUCUGCUGAUAAAGGCAACAAUAAAGAAGCUGAUGUGUUGGAUGAAGCUGGUGACAGUUCACCAGACAAGAAGAAAGAGAAUAUGAAAUCAAGUAAGAAAAGAAAAAUGUCUAAGCCAAUGAAAAACACAUUUCGACCAAAAACUGCUUUCGGAGAGAAUCCAGCUAUUCAUUUUGAAAAAGCAAAGACCUUUGGACGAGUUAAUGAUAGAGAAACAACAAAGGGUAAAAACGAAAAGAAUACAGGACAGGUACAACAGAAGAAAACUGCUCCAAAGGGUGGUAAACGCGAAACUAACAAAGAGAGACAGGAAAAUCAGCCCAAGGGGAGAAAACAGAAAGUUAAUAAAGAGAAUGAGCAAAAUGAAGACAAUGCACUACCAGAUAACGAUCCUGGGAUAGACAAUAACUCUUCAUCAGCAAAGGGUAGCAACAGGUUACAUGGACGGAAACGACGUACAAGAGAGCAACAUGAUUUUACGAGUUUUGAAAGAGGUGAUCAAGUGUUUGCGAAGGUGAGAGGUUACCCACCGUGGCCAGCUGUAGUGACUGCUCUUGCCAAUGAAACUGGAAAGAAGAAAAAGUAUCAUGUAACAUUCUAUGCUAGUGAUCAAAGAGGUGUCUGCUCUGCUGAACAUAUUUUUCCAUAUGAACUUUACAAAAGUCAAUAUGGCUCACCUCAUAAGAAAAAUUAUGCAUUCAAUAUGGCUCUGGGCCUUAUCAGAAAAGCUGCUGGAGCUAAUGCAAGUAAUGGCACUGGUACAAAAAACAGAUCUGCUAAGCAUCAGAAAAAUGAACCUUCAAAUGGUGAUUUAUCAGAUAAUGAUUCUCCACGUGGAGAUGAACAUAAUGACGAGAGUACAGAGGAAGAACCUCCAGAUGAUAAGCUUGAUCGUGAAAAAUCUGAGGAUGAUGAUGAUGCUGAGGACAAAUAAUUUGUGUUUAUCUCAGUAUGAUGGAUAUCAGGAAAUGUUGACAAACACUGCAGAUUGUAAGACAGUUACAAAGCCAUCUGCCAAAAGAAUGAGUCAGUGUCUUGUGGUGACACUGAAAUGUUAUGUUUCGUACCAUUUUUAAUGACUUCUUUAUCAUUGUAAGAAUCAUAAUCAUUUUUUGUAGUUAGUCUUCUGGAGGUCAAAUAUUUCAUUUAUUUUAAGUUGUCCCAAUUUUUUAUGCUUCUCAGUUAUUCCUAAUCUGUUAUAUUUAACCUGUUUCAGCAGCAUGUUUCUUAAUUGUAUUCCUGCACAUAGUUUUUAGAGAAUUGAAAAUUUCAUGUGAUUUUUAGCUGUCCAGUUUUCCAUAGUGUGUGAAUAUAAUCUUUCAUGUGAUUUUAAGUUAUACUUUUUUAUUCUUUUCAGAAAUUUUUUUAAAUGUUGCAGUUACAUUUUUAAAAAUGUCUCGGCAACAUGUUCUUUACUUUUGUUCACACAUGUGCUUUGUGAGGAUCAAACAUUUUAUGAUUUUUAGUUGUCCGAUCACAACUGGCUUCUGAAGAUCCAAGUAUUUCAUGUGAUUUUAUUUGCCCAAUUUUCAAUGUUUUUCAGUUAUUUGUAAUGUCUCAGUUUUAUUUAAAAAGUUUUAUUUAAAAAAAAUCGUUUCCUUAAGAUGUCUCAAUUUUAUUUGUGCAUGUAGUUUGUGAGGAUCAAACAUUUUAUAUGAUUUUAGACGUCUAGUUGUCAGUGCUUUCUGUUUUUAGUUUCCUACAUCAAACAUUUUAUGAUUUUUAGUUGUACAAUCACAACUGGCUUCUGAAGAUCCAAGUAUUUCAUGUGAUUUUAUUUGCCCAAUUUUCAAUGUUUUUCAGUUAUUUGUAAUGUCUGUUUUAUUUAAAAAGUUUUAUUUAAAAAAAUCGUUUCCUUAAGAUGUCUCAAUUUUAUUUGUGCAUGUAGUUUGUGAGGAUCAAACAUUUUAUAUGAUUUUAGACGUCUAGUUGUCAGUGCUUUCUGUUUUUAGUUUCCUACAUCAAACAUUUUAUGAUUUUUAGUUGUACAAUCACAACUGGCUUCUGAAGAUCCAAGUAUUUCAUGUGAUUUUAUUUGCCCAAUUUUCAAUGUUUUUCAGUUAUUUGUAAUGUCUCAGUUUUAUUUAAAAAGUUUUAUUUAAAAAAAAUUGUUUCCUUAAGAUGUCUCAAUUUUAUUUGUGCAUGUAGUUUGUGAGGAUCAAACAUUUUAUAUGAUUUUAGAUGUCUAGUUGUCAGUGCUUUCUGUUUUUAGUUUCCUACAUGUUUCAGUUAACAUUACAGAUGUUUGAAAUGUGUGUAUCUCAAUUUUAUUCAAGCAUGCUUUGAAUAGCUACAAAUUUGAGAGAGAGAGAAAAGAAACUGUAAUGUUGUCACUUUUCAGUACUUUAUAUUUCUGUUUCAAAGAAUGUGUGAGAAGAUUAUACAAAUAUGUUUUUGUCAUAUGCUCAAAGGCAAAUAUAUUCAUGUAAAAACUAAA